CCACCGCAGUCUGGUUCUUUUGGUUUGCUCUCUUGUGUGUGUUUUGGUGAGGCCUAGAGACAGGCGGGAGCGAGGCGGGGUCUGUAGCUUGACUAGCCCUCUCCGCACAAAGGCACCGACCUCACGCCGGAGGCGAGACGAGCGGUCAGCGGCCAGGAGCCUCGCAGUGCGCCCUAUGCCCCCGCGCUCCCACCGCCCCCGCCGCGGCAGCCGGAACACACCGAGCGAAAGCGCCACCGCUGGGCCUGGCUGCAGCUAGCGACCCUUUCCCCCAGCGCGCAGCCCGAGGUGAGCGGAGAGCGGGACGGCAGCGAGGCAUUCGCGGGGCCCCUCCUGCUGCCUGGGCCCGGCCCGCUCAUGGCGGCCAUCCGCAAGAAGCUCGUGGUGGUGGGCGACGGCGCGUGUGGCAAGACGUGCCUGCUGAUCGUGUUCAGUAAGGACGAGUUCCCCGAGGUGUACGUGCCCACCGUCUUCGAGAACUAUGUGGCCGACAUCGAGGUGGACGGCAAGCAGGUGGAGUUGGCGCUGUGGGACACGGCGGGCCAGGAGGACUACGACCGCCUGCGGCCACUCUCCUACCCGGACACCGACGUGAUCCUCAUGUGUUUCUCGGUGGACAGCCCGGACUCGCUGGAGAACAUCCCCGAGAAGUGGGUACCGGAGGUGAAGCACUUCUGCCCCAACGUGCCUAUCAUCUUGGUGGCCAACAAGAAAGACCUGCGCAGCGACGAGCACGUCCGCACCGAGCUGGCCCGCAUGAAGCAGGAGCCGGUACGCACGGAUGACGGCCGCGCCAUGGCCGUGCGCAUCCAAGCCUACGACUACCUCGAGUGCUCGGCCAAGACCAAGGAGGGAGUGCGCGAGGUCUUCGAGACGGCCACGCGCGCCGCGCUGCAGAAGCGCUACGGCUCCCAGAACGGCUGCAUCAACUGCUGCAAGGUGCUAUGAGGGCCGCGCCCGGCCCCCGCCUGCCCCGACCAGCGGCUCCCCCUCCUGGCGCCGGCUCCCACCAACCCGGAGAAGGGGGAGACCCGCGUCCCGGAACCACCCCACUGGACUGCCUGGUUUCUGCCGUUCGGACCGGCAGUCCUCCGCUGGCGGCUCUGGCUCUCGCGCCGGCUACCGGCGGACGUAGGAGGGACUGGGCGCCCCCUUCCCAGUGUCUGUGUGCGUCCGGCUGCAUCGCACAGGCCCGGGCGCCCCCGCGGAGUGCCAAGGGCCCCUGAGCAUCCUUUUCUGAAGAGCUAGGCGUCAGAGUGUGUGGCUGUGUUUAUGUUCAAUUCCCCUGGCCCCAUGUUUACCCCCGUCCCCGCCUCUGGU